AAACUAUUUUAUUUAGCCGCAGACUGAUAUUUAUAUGUUUAAGUUUUCGCCAAUGGGACAGAAGCUCAUGACUGUAUGGUGUUUACAUGCAAUGUUCAUCUGAAGAAACUACUGCACUUUCCUGACCAACUAAAGCGAUGGAGUUGUCUCCUGUCUGCACUGAAAGCAUCAGCACAGAGGAAUGUAAUAAUAAAUCUGGUCACAGGAGAAGGGAUGUGGAAAUAGAAAUUGAGAUCCUCUACAAAGCUAUCCCUCAGCUGGCCAAGGUUUUUCGCAUCAUUGACAAAAUCGGAGAAGGUACGUUCAGCUCGGUGUUUCUGGGUGAGGCUCAGAUGCAGGAUGGGAGGAGAGAGAUGUUUGCCCUGAAGCACCUCAUCCCAACCAGCCAUCCUACACGCAUCGCUGCUGAGCUUCAGUGUCUCACUGUUGCUGGAGGCAGAGAGAGUGUGGUGGGAGUGACGUAUUGCUUCAGGAAGGAGGACCACGUGGUGAUCGUCAUGCCCUAUAUGGAGCAUAAAGCGAUCGUGGACAUCAUUGGCUCGUUGAGCUUUGAAGAGGUCCGUCUGUACAUCUAUCACCUGUUGAAGGCGCUGAGACACGUCCACCAGUUUGGUAUCAUUCACAGAGACAUCAAACCAAACAAUUUCCUCUACAACAGGAAAAGCAAAAUGUAUGCGCUGGUGGACUUCGGCCUGGCUCAGGGUACAGCGGACACCCAGAUUGAGCUUCUGAAGGUGGUGAGACAGAAGCCAACACAAACAGGUGGAGGGUCCACAGGGAAACAAGACACAACACAGAAGAGCAAAGCACCACCUAGACUCCCUCCCAAAACCACCACCACCACAGCCUCAACCUCACUGCCUCUGCUUCCACGGGCGUCCACAACUUUACCACCUUCCUCCUCCUCGUCCUCCUCCACCACAUCCUCCUCAGCCACUCGGAAAGCACUGGUUAAAAAAGCACGUUCUGUCACCGCCACUGUCACUACCUCCAACUCUCACACAAAGCACACAAAGGAUUUGUCAGGAAUGCGCAAACAGCCACGAGCUGUGUUUGGAGAGAGGAACCUGAACAGCUGCACUCCAGCUCCAUCCACCACCAAACAAGCUGCCGUUAAGACGGAGUCUUUUAUUCAGCUGGUAAAGCCCAAAGCAGAGGACUCAGCCAACCGAAGGUACUCUUCGGCCAGUCGGGCCCCGCUGCCUGUAAGGACCCAGAGCAGCAGUCAGAAACCUCAGAGGCCCGUACAUCAGGGCUUCACCUGUAACUGCUACCUGACUGACCGUGUCUGCAACAUCUGCAUGUCCAGGAAGCAGCAGGUGGCUCCCAGGGCUGGCACCCCGGGCUUCAGAGCACCAGAAGUCCUCACAAAGUGUCCCAACCAAGGAACAGCCAUAGACGUGUGGUCAGCUGGUGUGAUCCUGCUGUCACUGCUCAGUGGCCGUUACCCGUUCUUCAAAGCCAGCGAUGACCUGAUCGCCCUCACUCAGAUCAUGACCAUACGAGGCUCCAGAGAGACCAUCAAGGCUGCCAAGGCAUUUGGUAAGGCAGUGGCGUGCAGCCGGGAGCUGCCUCGGCAGGACCUCAGGACGCUGUGUGAGACGCUGAGAGGACGGAGGCCAUCUCCAGAUGAAGUCACUCCUCUUCCCGAGGCCAACAAAGACUCCACCCGUCAUCACAAGGUCCAAGAUGAUACGCCCACACAUCAUCCCACUGAAGAAACAUUCAAGCAGCACAAAGACGGAGCAGGAGGAACCCCGUCGUCUCUCUCUUCUACUCUCCCAAACCACCAGGAACAUUCAGGGAACACAGGAACCACUCAUCUCACGAAACCGAGCUCAGAGACGGACUGCGAGAUGGAGGUCGAUGAGCGAGGCUGGGACAGAGUUCCUAAUGAGGCGUACAACCUGCUGAACCGGCUGCUGGACCUGAACCCUGCCAACAGGAUCACUGCUGCUCAGGCCCUGCAGCACCCGCUGUUCAAAGACCUGUGAAACCACAAACUGCCGGCUUCCCACUCUUUGGUUUACAUUUAAUAAACUGGAUGAUGCAGAAACAACGGCUGUUAUACUUAAUUUAUAAAUUAUAACCCCGCAUGAUACAUUAUUCUGCUGCAAAGUGGAGUUUACAUCAGUGUGGAGACAUUACCUGAACAGAGAAUAGGGAAUAGGUUUUUUCUCUCCCAUCAACCCGUUAAAUGCUUCAUGGAUUUUAAUAUAAUUAACAUCCAUUCAAGACCGUUGCUGGUUCACAGGCCUGCAGCCCAUGACAGCUUUGGUACAAAGUACUUCAGCAGGGCGUUUUAAAGGGCUGUUGAUGUGCACUGUUGGCUAUAACCAAGACAGGAAGAGGAUUGACUUGAGGCAUUAUAUUGGCAGAUUAUUGGCUUUUAUGUCAAUGGUCAGACAGUUUUACAAUUGAAGGUUCCUGGUCUCAGAUAGUUACAGCUGCACACUGUCUGAUUAAAUUGUUGUGCAAAUAUAAAACUUAAGGAGUUGUUAGUACUGUAGGUUGAAGUGACGACCCAAGGAGACCUUGUGUUUAACACUUUAAGACUACAAAUGUUCUUGUUACUGAACUUGUCAAGAGGGAAGUCUGUAUGUUUACUGUCACCAUAUUGCCGCUGUGACUCUUUAAUUAAUCAAAAGGUUUUUAAUUUAAAAAGGUACAUAUAAAUUCCAUCUGUAUUUUAUGAAUUUAUGUAAAUAAAUAAAUACUGCAGUA